AUGGAGUUUGAGGAUCAAGAAGAGGAGCAUGAAGAAGAGAUUGGAUUGGCACCGACAAGGUACGACUCACUAGGGAACUCGAACUCAAUUUGUCCGACGACAAAAACGCCCAGCUACUCGACAGAAGCGACACCUCAGAUGAGGCCCAGGUACAAAGAGUGUUUGAAAAAUCACGCUGUGGGCAUUGGAGGCCACUCAGUGGAUGGCUGCGGCGAGUUCAUGGCUGCCGGAGCUGAGGGUUCCAUGGAAGCUCUCAUAUGCGCUGCCUGUAACUGCCAUCGCAAUUUCCACCGGAAAGAAGCAGUCGAAGGCCACCAUCAACGGCUACUCUUGGCCCACCACCCUCAAAGGCAUUUUAGCUACACCAGCCCAACUGGGUACCUCCAUGUUGCUGCACCCCAGCAACAGCAACCGAGGGUUGCUGCGCUGCCCUUACCUUUCACCUCAGGUGGCGUGAUUGGCUCAAGAGACGAGUUCGAGGAUUAUUGCUCGAACCCGAGUAGCAGCGCGGGGAAGAAGAGAUUCAGGACGAAGUUUACAGCAGAACAGAAGGGGAAAAUGCUGAAUUUAGCUGAGAGAUUAGGGUGGAAGAUGCAGAAGGAAGAUGAAGAACUGGUGCAGCAAUUCUGCAAUGAAGUUGGAGUGAAAAGGCAAGUGUUUAAAGUGUGGAUGCAUAACAACAAGCAGAAUCUUGGUAAGAAAACCUAA